CUUGUUGAUAAGGAUGGAUCUUAACAGCAUAUUUCACUUUUUUGUUCUUUCUAUGAAACGUUUCUGCUAACAUCUGAGAUAGUUUUGCUGUUGCUAUGACCUCUAUGCUAUACCUCUGUCCUGGAUCCACUAUUGUUUUAUUAACUUGGGUAUUAACAUGAACAUCGAUUGAUUGGGGAUUAAACGAAUACUUCUGACCCGAGAAUCUAUUUGAAAAAGAUGCGUGUUGCAUAAUGCGAACAGCUGUUAGGCAAAGGUAGCAGAACAUAUAUUCCAGCCGAGUGAUAUUGUCUCGUCAAUGUCACUCGAAAUUACUGUUUUUUUUUCUUCCAGCUUUAAUCUGAAGGAUAAACUUUCUCUGUCUCUGCCCUGGCCUAGGAUUGAAGGCAUGACCGAGGAAAGUAAAUGAUUUAGGCGAGAUACCAGGUGAAGUCGUUAUGAAACCUUCCCAAACUGAGACAGACAGCCAGCGUUGGAAAUAUUCCGUUAUGUAAAUGUGCAUAACAGCACUCUGUCCCUCCUCAAAACAAAAGAACGGUUCAUUACAUUUCAUUAGUUAGUUGUUAUAUCAUCACAAUGUUGGUGUUUUGUGCUUAAGACCCAGAACAAUCAAUGUCCUAUUUAUUUGACACCCGGCGGUUUUUUCUCCUCCUUUGCCCUUUCCCGUUGGGUUCGUGAUCUGAAUGUAGGAGAGCUUGUAUUUUUCCAGCGGCUUGUCUUGGCAUUUGUCCGCUCAACCCUCCUCCUCCUCCCAGCCCUCUCCGCUAACGCCGCUCCUCCCUAGUCUUUUGUAGGCUAUAUCAGGGAACAUGCGUCACCGGGAGACACUUUUAUCGAAGUUGUAUUAAGAAUUGUCCAGAGAGUGAAGUUGACAUGACCAGAAGGACCGGAAGGAUAUCACUUUCUUUCUCACUGAUACACCGGGCAGCUCCACGGUACAGGCUACAGGUUCCUCACUUGUCAUUCUGUCUCGCGCGUUUCCUUGCGUGUGUGUGUGUGUGUCCAGGGACAACUUUCAAUUAUUCACACUUAACACAGAGCUUUCAUGAAACAGAGAAGAAUGGGGCUGAAUGACUUCAUUCAGAGGCUGGCCACGAGUAACUCAUUCACCUGCAAACAUCCUGAGGUUCAGUCCAUCGCCAACUUGGCUCCCCAACAACAGGAGGCUGAGCUAAUGAAUGCAAACCCCUCUCCUCCUCCCAGUCCCUCCCAGCAGAUGAACCUGGGCCCGUCCUCCAACCCCACAGCCAAGCCCAGUGACUUCCACUUCCUGAAGGUGAUAGGGAAGGGUAGCUUCGGGAAGGUCCUCCUAGCCAGGCACCGAACAGACGACCAGUUCUACGCUGUUAAGGUGCUGCAGAAGAAAGCCAUCCUGAAGAAGAAAGAGGAGAAGCACAUCAUGUCAGAGAGGAAUGUCCUGUUGAAGAACAUUAAACACCCCUUCCUAGUGGGACUACACUACUCCUUCCAGACAGCUGAUAAACUCUACUUUGUGCUGGACUACAUUAACGGAGGAGAGUUGUUCUACCAUCUCCAGAGGGAGAGACGUUUCUUAGAGCCCCGGGCCAGGUUCUAUACAGCGGAGAUCUCCAGUGCCCUGGGCUACCUCCACUCUCUAAACAUCGUGUACAGAGACCUGAAGCCUGAGAAUAUUCUACUGGACUCUCAAGGACACAUCAUACUCACGGACUUCGGCCUCUGCAAGGAGAACAUAGAACAGAACGGAACCACGUCGACGUUCUGUGGAACACCAGAGUACCUAGCUCCAGAAGUGUUACACAAGCAGCCAUACGACAGGACGGUCGACUGGUGGUGUUUAGGAGCCGUGCUUUAUGAGAUGCUGUAUGGCCUGCCUCCGUUCUACAGUCGUAACACAGCAGAGAUGUACGACAACAUCCUGAACAAGCCCCUGCAGCUCAAACCCAACAUCUCUAACGCUGCCAAGCACAUACUGGAGGGACUGCUGCAGAAAGAUCGCACACAACGACUGGGACACAGCCACGACUUCGAGGAGAUCAAGAACCACAUGUUCUUCUCCCCCAUCAACUGGGAUGACCUGAACGCUAAGAAGCUCACCCCCCCUUUCAAUCCAAACGUGACGGGCCCUAACGACCUUCGCCACUUUGACACGGAGUUCACAGACGAACCCGUCCCCUCAUCCAUUGGCUGUUCCCCUGACUCCUCCCUCAUCACUGCCAGCAUCAAGGAGGCAGCCGAGGCCUUCCUAGGGUUCAGCUACGCUCCUUCCAUGGACUCAUACCUGUAGGCCAGAACUCUAGAGGGCAUCCUAUAGACUCAUGAUAGACCAGAACCCUAGAGGGCAUCCUAUAGACUCACGAUAGACCAAAACCAUAGACUCCUAUAGACUCAUGAUAGACCAGAACCAUAGACUCCUAUAGACUCAUGAUAGACCAGAACCAUAGACUCCAAUAGACUCAUGAUAGACCAGAACCAUAUACUCCCAUAGACUCCCAUUGACUCCCAUAGACUGCUAUAGACUCCUGGCUAUACACCUCCAUGAAUUAUUACCUAUGGGACACAUCAUAGACAUUCCUAUGAAUUUACUAACUAGGACGGACUCCCCAUGUCACCAUGUCAGACUCACUACACACAACCUCUUCCCUCUCCAUGAUGGACUUGUACCCCCCUCAGACCCCACCCAAAUCCUAACCCAGAGUGGAGGUUAUUUUACACGUCUCAGGCAGCUUUACGCACCCCGCACCCCCCACCCCCCUUUCCUCCUCCCGACACCCCUCUCUCUCCAUCACACUCGUCCAUUCUGACUCGUCCUGUCCCCCACUGAUGGCUCAUGGCUGUGGGUGGAUCUCUAUGGGUCUGUCCCAAAUGGCACCAUGUUCCGUAGUGAACCACUUGUGACAUCCUCACACACCGCUCCUCAUGGGUUAAAUCCGUUGCCACGGCGAUGACACACGAUUGGUUUGUUUGUCUUUGUCAGUGAGAAUGGAUUGGUUGUGUGGUGGUCCAUGGGAGGUGCACCACCAUAGAGACCGCACAGGAUUGGUUGUCUGGAGGUUGGUGAGAGUGACGGCACAGGAUUGGUUCCCUUGUAGUCAGUGGGAGUGUCUGAAUGAGGCAGUAUCACACUGUUGUCCCUGAUUGGUUGGUCUGUCAUGACAUGACCUGCUCACGGAUUCCGACGCUGAAACGUCUCGACAGGUUCUGUUGUCUCUUCACCCCGGAUCACGUCAACUGAAACGGGACUUAGAGGAUGAUUCAUUUAUUCAUUUAAUGAUGAUUGGUUAAUUGAUUGAUUGAUUGAUUGUGGUGAGGAAGAAAGCGAAGCUGCUAGUAUCUACGGUUCUGUAUCUAAGUUCUGUUUUAAAGAACCUGGACCGAUACAAAGAGGGCAUGGAUCGCAUCCCAAAUGGCACCCUAUUUGCCAUAUAUAGUGCAUUACUUUGGGAUACAGAUGUGAUGGACAGAAUGCUUUGUGGUGUUGAGAUCCGUCCGGUCCCCUAGACCCUACUCCCUACCCCCUACUCCCUACCCCCUACCCCCUACCCCCUACUCCCUACCCCCUACCCCCUACCCCCUACUCCCUACCCCCUACUCCCUACUCCCUA